CGCCCCCAAGCAAUCACUGCAACAAGUGCACUGAUGCCCCCCAGUAACGACAGCUCGAGCUCCAAAGAAUCGACCAGCCUCUCACACUUGAGUACCAACGGAUUUCUGAGUUUGUUUGAACCACUUUUAUCAUUUAUCCACUUGCAUAGCCAACGGCGGAUGCUUACUUGCCUGAAACCUUUCACAAAUUGAGCUUUCUGUUUUGUGAAUAUUUUAGAACUUCCUAGUUAGCUAACUAAUGUUAGCCUACUGUUUCAUGUUGCAAGGAGCGAAGUUAGCCAUUUGUCUCGAGAUCUUGCAAGCCAGUUUAACCAGCAGCAGUAGCCUGCUACUUCCGACAUGUUUUCGUGUGUAAUCAUCGAUUGCAGGACCCAGCAGACCUUUGGACUUAAGUAGCUAGCUUGCUAACUAACCAUUUUAGUAAAGCGUUGACCGAGGAUGGCUAACUAAUCAACAAAAACAGCUGCUACUCUGUUGAUGAGAAAUAUCGGUGGCACAGAACAACUCGACUAUGAGAAGGGCAUGGCAGAGCGAUGGAACCCCGUCCACCAGCGAGGACUCUCUCUCCUACCGCCGUGGCUCCACAUCCGACCCUGACCUUCGACCUCCACCCCGACCCCUCAGCGACCUUUACCCCUUGAAGGCUCAUGUUUCGAUGGCAGUGCCCCAGUCUCUGCUGUCUGGGUGUGAUGCUCAGGUACAGCCCAUGACCUGUGACUUUAACAGUGAAGAGAGUAGACUAAACGGUUUCAACACAGCCAACUGGUCCAGCCCUGUGAUAGGCCACCCCUCCAGGAUCAUGAGGCUCUUCUCUACCCAGAAGAAGUGCACUGUUCCUGGAGACAGUCAGGGCUCUACCAGGCCCCUCUCCUUCCAGGGCCCUCCAUCCAGUGCCGGGGUCCCGCAGGUUUGGCCAGGCCUGUCAGGGCUGACCGUCAUGGGCUCCUUUAAGAAGCUACGCUCCUCAGUGCUCCAGGGCAUCCAGAACCGAGGGACAGCCAAUCAGGAUGACGAGUACACCUCAGCAGCCAUCCAGGGUGGAGAUAAUGGAAUGGUCACAACCAAUCAGAGCCCAAGACUUAGAUGUGGGGAGGGCUAUAGAGUCUCCAAUGGGGUGUCUAUUGGCCAACAGAUGGCUGGGUUGAGCCCUUAUGGUUCUGACAAUGAAGAUGAGGAGGUAGUAGAUGAGGAAGAUGGACUACAGAGAAACACAUGGUUCUCCAGGAGUAUCCGGAGAGCGUACGGGGCGGGGCGCAUCACACUGCUGGACGCUGGGGAGGGGAAACGAGGGGAGGGUCCAGGACUGGGGGUUUCAACCAAUCAGAGGCCAAGUUCAGGCUCCGGUUCAGUGUCAGAGGUGAACCUCCAUUUGGAGGAGAGUGUGAAUGAAAAUGUGAACGCGCUAAGCAGACUGAGCAAGAGUGCAGACAACCUACACCUCUUUAAGGGCCCUUUCAGACACAAAGUCCCCUGUCCCUCUCCUCAAACAGACUCCCCAGGUGCCAAUGGGGACCCCAGCAUCCAGAGAACAGCCAGUGCCUCAUCCGGUGACCUUAGGGACCGCAGCCAGAGCCCUGUUCGCUUUAGGAGUCCAGUGGGGGCCAAGGGCCACAUGUUGAAGCUAGUGGGCAGUAUGACUGACCUGACCGUGAGACGCAGGCCUAACCCGUCUCCUGUCACCUCCCCAGGCUCCCCCGUGACCCCCUUGUCACCCCUCAGCCGUCUCCAUGACGACUACUCGCGCCGCACGCCCUGCCUGCCCGCCAGCGACCGCCAACGCCGGCCCUCGCCUGCCAGAACGAGAGCUGCAGCGGAGAGGAAGAGGAACAGCACUUCAGUACGACUGGAACACACGCCUACCAUCCACCCCCAGCCCCAGUCUAAGUACCACCCAGCCUUGUUCCCCAUAGAACCCCAGGAGGGACCAGACCAUGUCUUCGCUUUCCCCAGCAUUAACCAGCCUUUCACUACAACCUCAUUUUCCCUGAGUGCUCAUGCUCAGAGGAGCAGCCUGUGUGAGGGGGACAGGCCUCAGGAGAGACAGGGAGACGGGUGGAGAGCACGGUGUGAUUCCGCUCCACACCCCCAGGGGGAGCCCUGUGGGAGUCACAGCAAACACCAGCCAGACGUCAACGCAGAGGGAAAGACGGAACCAAAGCAGUGCGUAUGGACCAGACCAGACCUAGAUCAGGAGGGAAGAGGACAUCUCUGGGGUACGUUAGAUGAACAGGGCAGAGAGGCACUAUUAGGGGGUGAAGAGACGCCCCCUCCUUCAGCUACCAGUACCCCUUCUCUCACACCAACAUGUCCCCCAGAGUCUCCCACUUCACCGACGAAAAUAGGUUCCACAGAAACGUCCACGUCCUUCAUCCCCAGGCAAAGGGCGAGCCGAUCGAGGCCUCGGCCAAUCUCUGACUACGCUCAGCUGGUAGCCAGGAAGUACGCCAUCCCCGAGGAGGAGACGGAGCUACAUCCUAAGGAGAGGACUACAAAUGGAACUCCCUGUCAAGACUGCAAAAGCAAUGGAGGCUCGCAGGACAGUGACAGCACAGAGAACUACAAUAUGAAUGGAGAUCUCCAGUGCCGGAGGAGACGGCCAAUGUCUGUUAUUGGAGGAGCUGAGGAGAGAGAGGACCGUCUGCCUUCUCCUCUGUCGCGCCCCCCUGUCCCGUCCCACCAGGUGCCCCCCUACAAAGCGGUGUCGGCCAGGUUCCGCCCCUCCACCUUCUCCCAGAGCACCCCCAUCGGACUGGACCGCCUCGGGCGACGCAAACUACACAGAGUCCUCAGUGUUGAGGCAGACGCCGGUUCAGAGCGUUCUGCAGCGGUGGAUGGUGACAGUGUGAGUGAGGAGGAGGGGAGCUUCGAUGAGCUCAGUGACGUCACAACGUACUUGCAGCCUGGGGUGGAGCUGUCUGCUCUCAGCCAGUGGAUAAGCCAGGGUCAAGUGGUGUAUGCGGAGGCCCUGUGGGACCAUGUGACGAUGGAGGAGCAGGAGCUGGCGUUCAAGGCGGGGGAUGUGAUCCGGGUGCUGGAGGCCCCUCACAAGGACUGGUGGUGGGGCAUGGGGGCAGACAGGGAGGCCUGGUUCCCCUCUAGCUUCGUCAGGGUUCGUGUGAACCAGGAGGAGGAGUCAGGAGCAGAAAGUGUAGAGAGUUGUGCUCUGGACCAAGAGGACGAACACACUGACACCCGGGACACUCACACACACAGCGCCGAGCACCGUGAGCAGAUGAGGACUAACGUGGUCAAAGAGAUCAUGAAUACUGAACGCAUCUACAUCAAACAUCUCCGGGACAUCUGUGAGGGCUAUAUCCGUCAGUGUGGUAAACACCCGGGCAUGUUCACUGAGCUGCAGCUGAAGACCAUCUUCAGUAACAUCGAGGACAUCUACAAGUUCCAGAGACAGUUCCUCAAAGACCUGGAGAAGAAGUACAACACAGACCAGCCUCACCUCAGUGAGAUAGGAGCCUGUUUCCUCUUACAGGGGGAGGGUUUUUCCAUCUACUCUGAGUACUGUAACACCCACCCUGCAGCGUGUGGGGAGCUGCAGCGCCUCAUGAAGCUGGGCAGGUACAAGCACUUCUUUGAGGCCUGCCGGCUGCUGCAGCAGAUGAUUGACAUCUCCAUCGCCGGCUUCCUGCUCACGCCCGUCCAGAAGAUCUGCAAAUACCCCCUGCAGCUGGGAGAGCUGCUCAAAUACACCCCCAAAGACCACAGUGACUAUGGUGGAGUUAGUGACGCGUACGAGGCAAUGAGGAAUGUGGCGAGCCUGAUCAACGAGGGGAAAAGGAGGCUGGAGAGUGUUGACGCCAUAGCUCACUGGCAGGUGGCCAUCCUACGCUGGGAGGGAGCGGAUGUUCUGGAGCGCAGCUCGGAGCUGAUCCACUCUGGGGAACUCACCCGGAUUGUCCGGCAGGGCAACAAGACGCAGCAGCGCAGCUUCUUCCUGUUCGACCACCAGCUGGUGUUCUGUAAGAAGGACGUACUGCGCCGCGACCUGCUGCACUACCGUGGUCGCCUGGACAUGGACAACACAUCGGUGCUGCAGAUGCCCGAUGGCAGGGACCCCGAGCUGGGCAUCUUGCUGAGGAACGCCUUGCGGCUCCGGAACAGCUCCACCCUGGAGACCCUGUGUUACCUCUGCUGCAGGAAACCCCAGGAUAGACAACGCUGGCUGCAGGCCUUCGCCAGGGAGAGACAGAGGGUACAGGAGGACCAGGAGAUGGGAAUGAAGAUCAGUGAAACGCAGAGAAAACAAGCAAUCUUCAAUGCAAGAAGAUCCAAACAAGGGAAAAUGAAGACCAUAGGCUACUCUGGCUCUGUCCCGCCCCACCACCACCACCACCACCACCACCAACCCCUGCAUCCAAUUCACCAGCGCCAUGUUACUGUGCCAACCAGUGUGCCUCAGCAGCAGGUGUUCACAUUGGCCGAGCCCAAGCAAAAGCCCGCCCACCUGUGGUACACCUUCACCCGACAUGCCUUGUUCAGGAAGUGAGGAUCUCGCCCUGAGGACUCAGAGAAAAACAUACAAUUAUGGACCUACAUAUUUCAGCAUAGUAUCUGUGCACGUACUACUUUGUGUAAUGUGUGUUUUAUCAAUGUGUUUGUGUGCCUCUUAAAGUGUAUGUAUAUUUUGUUGUUGUGUGCGUUAUGUCUAUUCGGUUUCUAUUUGUGUCUUCAAAUCUGUGCCUGCAAAUUGGGAGAGAUUUCCCAUAAGUGUUAAUAUGCAUACAGACUGACUCCCUCCAUGUGCUGGUGUGGUAAAGAUGCUGCUUUUUGUAGGUCUGAGGUUCCUUAAUACCCAACCGCCCAGCACAUACCUGUAUUCAUGUAGUUAUGACCAUGAUGUGAAGCACAUUUUAGCUUUUCAAAUAGGAGUUGAGUACUUACCUGCUACCUUGGUUUUAGUUCAUUUCGCUGAGGCUGGUCCCUGUUGGAGUUGGACUGCUAGUGAAGACACAAGUGGCUCUUCUGAGAGCUGAAUGCCCAGAGGACAGUCUACACACGCAUUUGCACAUUCAGUAACCCUGUUAACACUGUUGUAAAUAAACUCUUUUACAAAAAGUACCAAAUACAA